GAAAGAGAAGAAAAGAGGAGGAGGAGGAGGGUGAUGAUGAAGCUAUGGAAACGAGCUUCCGGUGCUCUCAAAGACCGGAAAAGCUUGUUCUCCAUCAGCUUCUCCCGGAGAACCUCCGUCCGUAACCCUGACCUUGACUCAGCCAUCAUCCACGCAACCUCUCACGACGACUCAUCCGUCGACUACCACCAUGCUCACCGUGUCUACAAAUGGAUCCGCUCCUCUCCAGCAAACCUCAAGCCUCUUGUCCACUCGCUUUCCUCACGUGUUAACCGGACAAGAAGCUGGAUCGUUGCCUUGAAAGCCCUAAUGCUCGUCCACGGUGUCCUUUGCUGCAAAGUCCCGUCCCUACAAGAGAUGCGUCGCCUCCCUUUCGACCUCUCUGACUUCUCGGACGGUCAUUCACGUCCCAGCAAGACUUGGGGCUUCAACGCAUUAAUACGAGCCUACUUCUCGUUUCUUGACCAGUACUCUUUCUUUUUAUCCGACCAAAUCCGUUCCCGGACUAGAAAACCUCAGGUAGAUUCUGUUAACCAAGAGCUCGAAAGCAUCGAGAAGCUUCAGUCUCUUCUCCAUACGCUUCUCCAAAUACGUCCAAUGGCUGACAACAUGAAGAAGACGCUUAUUCUUGAAGCUAUGGACUGCGUAGUGAUUGAGAUCUUCGACAUAUAUGGUAAAAUCUGUAGCGGUAUAGCCAAACUACUAAUUAAAAUCAGUCCAGCUGCUGGAAAAGCAGAAGCUGUGAUGGCUCUUAAGAUUGUAAAGAAGGCUACAUCUCAAGGAGAAGACCUAGCUCUCUACUUUGAGUUUUGCAAAAAGUUUGGGGUCUCAAACGCGCAUGAAGUCCCAAAGUUUGUCAGAAUUCCACAAGAAAACAUUGAAGCAAUGGAGAAAGCCAUUAAAGGAGUUGAACAGAAAGAGGAGACAAGAGAGGAUCACGAGGAGGAAGUAGUGGAAGAAAAGAGUAUCAUAUUAGUAGCUGAGAGGCCUCAGUUGAAGACAAUCAUAACCGAUAAAUGGGAGGUUUUUGAAGACGACUAUAGUUUCACAUGUAAGGAUAAUAUUAAAGAAACUGAUCAACCUAGAAACUACAACGUGGAUCCCAGUUUGUUGCCUCUUAUAGUUAUCGAUGAGCCAAUUUACUUGACUCACACGUUACCUGAUUUGAUUACCUUCUAAUUGCAACUUGAUCAGGUUCUUUUUUUUUUUAAAUUACUUUGUUUUUCUUCUGUAUUUUCUUCCUUUUUGUUGAAUAUGCGGAUGAUAAUUAAUAAACGUUAGAUAU